CAACCAAUCAAAAUCCAAAACCCAAUUCAAUCCAAAUCAAUACAUCUAAAAAAAAAAAAUUAAAGAAAACCAUCAAAUACUCUCACUCUCUCAGUGCACCUCAAUUCCCCUCAACAAUGGAGACCCUCAUCUCCUCUCCUUCAUCCUUUACUGCUCUCCUCAAAACCCCCAAACCCCAACUCUCAAAACCCAUACAACAAAAACCCAUAUCAGUCUCUUCAUCCCUCAAAAAACCCAUUAUCUCCACAUCAACUCCCUCUCAAAAGAGCUUCAUUUCCUACCUCCAGCACGGGCUCGCUGCGGCCGCACUCUCUCUGGCCAUUAACUUCUGCCCUCUGGACUCUGCAGUCGCUUCGGAGUUUGAUAUUCUCAGCGGAGGGCCGCCGACUGAGACUUAUGUUGUUGAUGAUGCUGGUGUUCUGAGUAGAGUUACUAAGUCUGACUUAAAGAGGUUAAUGUCUGAUCUUGAGUCGAGGAAGAACUUGCACAUUAAUUUUAUCACCCUUCGGAAGCUCACGAGUAAAGCAGAUGCAUUUGAGUAUGCUGACCAAGUGUUGGAGAAAUGGUAUCCCUCAAUUGAAGAAGGCAAUAACAAAGGUGUAGUUGUGCUUGUAACCAGCCAAAAGGAAGGGGCAAUCACAGGAGGACCAGCAUUCAUUCAAGCUGUAGGAGAUACAAUUCUAGACGCUACUGUAUCAGAGAAUCUCCCUGUUUUAGCUACAGAUGAAAAGUACAACGAAGCUAUGCUAAGCACUGCCAAACGUCUAGUGGCAGCUAUUGAUGGUCUACCAGAUCCUGGUGGGCCGACGUUUAAGGAGAACAAGCGUGAAUCCAACUUUAAAAGCAAAGAAGAAACCGAGGAGAAGCGAGGACAGUUUACUCUUGUUGUCGGAGGUUUGCUAGUGAUUGCUUUUGUUGUUCCAAUGGCACAAUACUAUGCUUAUGUGUCCAAGAAGUAGGCUUAUUUAUGUGUAGCAAUUGUUACUGAAAAUUUUAUGCUCAUAUAUUACUCAAAAACAUGCACAGAGAUUUAUGAAUCGUAUGGUAUCAGUUGAUUUUUUUUUUU